GGGAGGGGAAGACGGAGGACGGUAUGUGGCACGGCCCAGGGCGGUCCGACGGAGCCGCUUCCGUGCCGACCUCGGCCGUCGGGUGCCCCGCCGGGUGCCCCGAGUGCUCCGUCGCCGCGGGGCUGCUCGGUGCCUGCACGUCCGGGGAACAUCUGGGGAGGACAGCGCUCCCCUCCCCCUGCCCGCUGC